UGUGUGAGUGUGUGCGCGCGCAACCGGCGCGACCUGGUGGUCCAGGGCCUCCCCGCCGAGUCUGACAGGUGUUCCCGGUAGUGGGGGCGGCUCCGCGCGCAAGGGACAAGGACCGCGGACUCAGGCCCCGCUAGCACCAUGGGCAGCAGUUGUCGCAUCGAAUGCAUAUUCUUCAGCGAGUUCCACCCCACGCUGGGACCCAAGAUUACUUACCAGGUCCCCGAGGACUUCAUCUCCCGAGAGCUGUUUGACACGGUCCAGGUGUACAUCAUCACCAAGCCAGAGCUGCAGAACAAGCUCAUCACUGUCACAGCCAUGGAGAAGAAGCUGAUUGGUUGCCCCGUGUGCAUCGAGCACAAGAAGUACAGUCGCAAUGCCCUCCUCUUCAACCUGGGCUUUGUGUGCGAUGCCCAGGCCAAGACCUGUGCCCUGGAGCCCAUCGUGAAGAAGCUGGCCGGCUACCUGACCACGCUCGAGUUGGAGAGCAGCUUCGUGUCCACGGAGGAGAGCAAGCAGAAGCUGGUUCCCAUCAUGACCAUCUUGCUGGAGGAGCUCAAUGCCUCUGGCCGGUGCACUCUGCCCAUUGAUGAGUCCAACACCAUCCACUUGAAGGUGAUUGAGCAGCGGCCGGACCCCCCUGUGGCCCAGGAGUACGACGUGCCUGUCUUUACCAAAGACAAGGAGGACUUCUGUAACUCGCAGUGGGACCUCACCACACAACAGAUUCUGCCCUACAUAGACGGCUUCCGGCACGUCCAGAAGAUCUCGGCUGAGGCGGACGUGGAGCUCAACCUGGUGCGCAUCGCCAUCCAGAACCUGCUGUACUAUGGCGUUGUGACAUUGGUGUCCAUCCUGCAGUACUCCAAUGUGUACUGCCCGACGCCCAAGGUCCAGGACCUGGUAGAUGACAAGUCGCUGCAGGAGGCAUGUCUAGCCUAUGUGACCAAGCAAGGGCACAAGAGGGCCAGCCUGCGGGAUGUGUUCCAGCUGUACUGCAGCCUGAGUCCUGGCACAACUGUGCGGGACCUCAUCGGCCGCCACCCCCAGCAGCUGCAGCAUGUCGAUGAACGGAAGCUGAUCCAGUUUGGGCUCAUGAAGAACCUCAUCCGGCGACUACAGAAGUAUCCUGUGCGUGUGUCUCGCGAUGAGCGAAGCCACCCGGCGCGGCUUUACACUGGUUGCCAUAGCUACGACGAGAUCUGCUGCAAGACAGGCAUGAGUUACCAUGAGCUGGAUGAGCGGCUGGAAAAUGACCCCAACAUCAUCAUCUGCUGGAAGUGAGGCUGCUGGUGGCUGCGUGGGCACGGCGCUGAGCCCUGCCUGGUGCCUGGGGCUAGACCAGGAGGUCAGUCCGUUACCAUCUGAUUGACCUGCAGUCCUGUCAAUAAAGUCAUCCACUUCAG